AUGAUGUCGACGUCACCUCCUUCAUCACCUUUUGCCACUAAUUUGAACACAAUUGAUCGACCAAAUGAUUCAACGACUACAUCAGCACCAGACACUACGACAAAAUACGAAGCUGUCGACAAUUUCAAACAAGCAGAAGAAACUUUAUUAAAAAUUAUUCCCGUACUUGAUUGUAAACAGGCAGACAAUCUUUUGGAUUAUUGGCAAGAAUUUAAAAAACAUCUUCAUUCUUUUUUUAAUCAAACAUCGUCAAAUAUACCAUCUACAACAAAGACCGUAACAUUUUCCUCAUUGUCAUCAGAUGAAACCGAACAAGAACAUUAUCAACAAGACUGUGACAUUCAAAAACAACGAGCAGCAGAAAUUCAACAAGCGCUUGGCGCCAUCCCGCGGUUUAAGAGAGACGGUGCCGAAGAGUGGUUUUCCGAUAGAUUAUUACGAAUCCCAAAAACAUUUACUGAUAAGGAAAAUGUAUCAUCACGGUUAGAAGAAAUUGAGCAACAGUUUACAACAUCUAAAUGGCCCGAAGAUUCACGUCUUCAGUAUAUUCCUCAAUUUCUUCGAAAUGAAGCUAGACAAUGGUAUAAAGAAAAUAAAACAAAAAUCACAACAUGGUCACAAUUUAAAACGGAUAUCAAGCAUAUACAUCUACUUAAACAAUAUUAUGCAGAAAUCCUCAAGUUAUGCAAAGAAGCUGAUAUACAAAUGUCCGAACAAAUGAAACUACAAUAUCUUCUUGAUAAUUUAAAACCAUCCAUAAAAAUUAAAGUCAUUGAAAAAAGUCCUAAAACAACAGCACAAUUUUUGGAAUAUGCUAAAACUGUCGAAGAUCUACGAACUUUAAUUAGCUCUGAUCCUAAUUUGAGUCAUUUUGCGUCAGAUAAUGUGACAGCAACAUCAACGACUUCUCGAUCUAACACAUCUUUAAAAGUUUACAUACCACCACCUCGACGUUCAAAUAGUAAUCAAACACAACAAGAACAAUCUUUUCCAACUUCAACUGAACCUCAAUCGUUGACGCAUUCAAUUCAAACGUUGUCCAGUUCUGAACAACCACCUUCGAAAAAUACACACUCUUCUUUUCAACAACCACCUUUACAUAGUACCCAGUCAUCUUCUUAUAGUACAAGUAAUUUAAAUUCUAACCGAGAUCAAUAUCAAAGUCACUCUAACGGUUGGGACUCGCGUGGUGCUCGCCAGCGACGCGGUCCGCAUUUCCACUGGCGGAUGCAUCGGAUGAAAUUAUUAACCGAAGCCCCACUAUUUCUUCAUUUUCCAGUGGACAAACAUCCUGUCAUUUUGUCGACAGAUGCAGCGAAAAAUGGAAUUAGUGGUGUCCUUCAACAGGAGAUAAAUAGUCAGAUGUACAAUUUAUAUUAUCAUAGUCAAUUGAUUAAUCAAACUCAACAGCGAUAUGAUACCGGUGCAAAAGAAGCAUUGGCUAUAGCCUUAUCAUUCAAUAGAAUGAGACAAUUCGUGCUUGGACGUGAGAUCAUCAUAUAUACGGAUCACUGUCCUUUAUGUGGAAUGCAUCAAAAAUCUCUGCGAAAUACACUGGCAAAUCUGACCGCAGUGACAACAAGAUUACAGGCUAAACGACAGCAACAGCAACAAAUAUUAAAUACAACUACGAUUGACACAGACUUAGAUGAAAAUCUUAUAGAUUCAAACGACUCAUCUGAUAAAAUUUCGACAGAUAAAAAUAAUAUUGAUUUUGUUCCAUUCGGUUGCAAUAAUUUUGAUAUUCGCAAACUUAAAAAUGAACAAGAUAAAGAUACCAAUAUUCAAAAAAUAAUCGAACAGUUAAAUAAAAAUAAAUUCACUAAAAUUAAUUUUGUUUUAAAAAAUGGAAUUUUGUAUAAAUUAGUUCAAUUCUCUCAUUCUCAACGUAAAAAACAAUUACCGUACAUUCCAAUAUAUAUGAUUAAAGAUUUGUUGAGAGCUGCCCACGAUGAUCCUAUUAGUAGUCAUUUUGGUUUUCAUCGUACAUAUCUUAAAUUAAAACAUCAGUAUUGGUGGCCGAAUAUGAAAUCGUCAAUUGAAAAAUACAUUAAAUCUUGUUCUAAAUGUCAACAGUUCAAUAUCAGUCGACAGAAAAAACCAGGACUUUUGCAUCCAAUCACUUCACUAGAUGGUCCAUUCCAGAUGAUCGCAAUCGAUUACGUUGGACCCCUUCCUCGUACUCCAUCAGAAAAUCGCUACGUUUUUGCCAUUACCGAUAUGUUCACACGUUGGGUCACAGCCGUAGCUCUCCCGAGCUGUACGGCGCAAGUGACCGCAGAAGCCCUAUUUAAACAUUACAUCUGCCGAUAUGGAGUCCCAGUAUCUAUUCUUUCUGAUAACGGUACGCAUUUUCGAAAUCAACUUUUGCAAUCUUUAGAAUAUAAAAUUGGAAUAAAUUAUAUCUUUUCGACCCCAUAUCAUCCACAGUCUAAUGGAGUUAUCGAAAGAUUUAACGCAACAUUUAUCCCACAAAUAGCAAAACUCCAAGAUAUGGAACAUAAUAAUUGGGAUGAGUACCUAGAUGCCGUUGUAUUUGCUUACAAUACCGGCACUCAUUCAAUAACAAAAUUUUCUCCAUUUGAGCUUCAGUUCGGACGAAAGCCUCGAUUACCGACAGAUUUCCCUCGACCGGAAUUGACUUUCUUCAAACCCAACGAUUAUUUUGCUCAAUUAAAUAAAUCUCUCAAAAUCUAUCAUAAAAAUGUAACUGAAAAUAUUUUCAAACAGCAACGUCUAUCAAAAGUAAAAUAUAAUCAAAAUCGCCAAGAUCCUCAUUACGACAUCGGCGAUCCAGUUCUUCUUACGAUUCAAGGAUCUCGUUCAAAACUCGACCCUCGCUUUCAUCCAGCUCCAAAAAUUAUUGUAAAAACUCAACAUCCUACAUAUUUUGUUAAAGAUGAAGAUACACAAGAAGAAUUACAAGUUCAUGUUAAUGACCUCCGUGCCAUCUUGGAGGCCAAACUUCACUAA